CUUAAGGAUGCGUCCCAGUUUCAAAUUGACUCAGCAUUGGUGUUUUUUUUUUUUCAAAAGGUCACAUUGUCAUGACCGCUCUAUUUAUUGCCACGGGUCUGAGAAGUGCCAUAACCGACUUCAUUGCUUAGGCGGAGCCCCAAUGUUGAGCAGUUAACGAGUAUUGCUUCAACUCAACUAUGGGUUACAUGGGUUUGAUAUAACUGAAAUAUUCUUUGAAAGAGCCCUUAGCUUUAAGUGAGUCAUCAUUUGUUCGCACCUCGAUUAUUUCCUGGGCGCCUUAGCCUUCUAAGUAAUGAAAAUUCCUUCAAUAUUUGGAACUAAGGAUGUGAUUCAUGGUACGGAGGAGCAAUCGGAAUGAAACAGGAAUCAAACUUCUGUAGUCGACUGGAGCUCGCUUUUCUCCCUAAGGAAGGCUAUCAAGGCUUGCGGAAGUCCUGACGAAAACACAACAAUCGAUCCAGCCUUCCAGUUGCUACAAUAUCAAAUAUGGAGUGCUCCAGGGUAUCCAAUCAAGAUAUGAUUAAAGGUGAUUGUAUACCGACAGGGGUGUGUGAUAAGCUCCAACUGCUUAUCAGGCUUACUACCCCAAUCUUCCCAAGACGGUCAUUUUCUACCCCAACUGUCAUCCCUCAAUCAUGAUUAACUUCAAUGUUACAUGGGGUUCAGCGAUCAGUAACGUCAUAUUGUAACAAGACAACUGAACGGGGGGAGGUAUCACGUGUAUUGGAGAGAUAAUGAGCACAAAUUCCUCGUCGAAUCAUGACUUGAGCACGAGUGUCGACCUAUCUCGAAGUCGAAUUAUCAUUCAUUCUAUCAGAAAUCCUGCAUCAUGACUGGUUUAGCGCAAAGAUAUGAGAUCAAUGCUGAUAUGGGAGAGGGCUUCGGCCGAUGGAAAAUGGGUCCAGAUGAGGAACUCAUGCCUCUCAUAGAUGCAGCAAAUAUUGCAUGUGGUUUCCACGCUGGUGAUCCGUCUAUCAUGCUAAAGACAGUCCGUCUCUGCAAGCAACAUGGAGUCAAAGCUGGUGCUCAUCCCGGCUUACAAGACCUCUUUGGCUUUGGACGCCGAAAAAUGGAAAUCGACCCCAAGGACAUGUAUGCAAUGGUCUUGUAUCAAGUUGGAGCUCUAAAAGCAAUGCUGGACGCCGAAGGUGUUGAGCUCUCUCACAUUAAACCUCACGGAGAACUCUUCUUCUACAUGCAAAGAGACAAGGGAAUAAUGAGAGCUGUACUAGAAGCUUGUGCAACUUUCAAAGUUCCUGUAUACGCCUGCCAGAACCCAGAACAGGAGGCUAUGUGUAAUGAGAUGGGCGUUCCCUUUCAAGGAGAGGUCUACGUUGAUAUCGACUACUCACCAGAGGGAAGACUUGUCCCUUUUGCGCAAUCUCAUCCUGUAACGCCGGAGUUAUGCCAUGAGCGGGCGUUUGGUGCGGCUAUGAAGGACACAGGGAAGGAUAUGAAUGGGGAUGCAUUCAGCUUUGGAUUUAAGGGGAAGCCGUUCAGCAUAUGUCUGCAUUCUGAUUCGCCGACUGUGCUGGAAAAUGCGAAGCUGGUUCGACAAGCAGUGAAUGAAGCGAACCGAAAGAAGUUUCCUUCACAGAAUACCAAUGGUCAUAGAUUGUAGACAUUAUCCCAACAGGAUAAAUACAGCAGGAAAUCUGGUUUUCCAUAGAAAUUGAAAACUGUGUAACAACCUAGACUCACAUGAUUUUGACUGCUUG